UUAAAAGCCAACAUGAAGAAAUGUAACAUCGACAUCAACAAUUGGGAAACCAAUGCCAAGGAGAGGAAACUCUGGCAAACCAUCAUCCGAGAAGGAACAGCAACCUUCGAAGCCAACAGAUGUGCAGAAUUAGAGGAAAAGAGAAGAAAAUGGAAAGAGAGGCAGCAACAACUAAAGCCCGAUCUGCCAUCUGGAACUACCUGUCCUGAAUGCGGAAGAACUUUCAGAGCCAAGAUUGGACCCAUAAGCCACUUGAGAGCCCAUAAAUAUAUCUACGGAACGAAGACCAUCAUCCUUGACCUCGAGGGAUAGCCACGACAACGACAGAUGGAAAAUUCAAAGACGAUUGGACAAAGUGACCUUUUCACGGACUCCUGAACUUAUAUAAAAGAAUUGCUCGUCAUUGCCCAAAAAUGGACAAGAGGGAAUUGGCAUUAUCUAUACAUGACUAUCAAGCACACACUCCAGAGGUCACGGCUGACACCAACGGACAUGUGGGUGAAAGUGAUGAGAAUGUGGAGCGAGGCAACUGGUCCUCGAAGACUGACUACCUGCUCUCAGUGAUCGGCUGCGCUGUGGGUCUGGGCAAUGUCUGGAGAUUCCCUUACCUGGCGUACAGGAAUGGAGGAGGUGCUUUUCUUAUUCCCUACACACUCAUGCUGGCGUUUGCUGGGAUGCCAGUGUUUUUCUUGGAAUCAGCCUUUGGGCAGUUUGCCAGCUGUGGCUGUAUCACUGCAUGGAAAGCCGUACCGAUACUACAAGGUGUGGGGAUCACCAUGAUAAUUGUGGUUACAUUUUCCAACAUUUCCUACAACUGCAUCAUCGGCUACAGCCUGUUCUACCUGUUUGCCUCCUUCCAGUCCCCCCUGCCGUGGGCAGACUGCUUCAGCUGGUGGGGUGCAGAUGAAACCUGCAGCAGGACACCCAGAGAUCCACUCUGCAACCUCACCCUCGACGAUGGGUAUUCAGAAAUUGUGAAUACAACCUGGCUGCACACAAACAAUAAAAGUUGCUCCAAUGGAUCAGAAGUCGACGUUCCUCACCAGGGCCCAAGUGAGCAAUACUGGGAUAAAGUGGUUUUACGCCGGUCAAGUUCCAUGGGUGAGACAGGGGACAUAGUUUGGCAUUUAGCCCUCUGUCUGCUUCUGGCCUGGCUGAUCAUUGGGGCUGCUCUUUCCAAAGGAAUCAAAUCUUCAGGAAAGGACAAUCGAACAAUCCCUCUCCAUGCUCAGGUGGUUUAUUUCACCGCAACAUUCCCGUAUGUGGUUCUGACUGUACUCGUAAUCCGAGGACUGACUCUGGAGGGAGCCCAUAAAGGGAUUGAAUUCUACAUUGGAAGCCAAUCAGACUUCUCAAAGCUGGCUGAUGCUGAGGUCUGGAAAGAUGCUGCAACACAAAUAUUCUAUUCACUUGCAGUGGGCUGGGGGUGUUUAAUAACUCUCUCAUCCUACAACAAAUUCCACAACAACUGUUAUAGAGACACCAUCGCUGUCUGUAUUGUGAAUUGUGCUACGAGUGUGUUUUCUGGCUUUGCCAUCUUCUCCGUCCUUGGACACAUGGCUCACCUACAGGACAAAUCUGUUUCAGAGGUUGCUGAGUCAGGUUUUGGUUUGGCUUUCAUUGUGUAUCCAGAGGCUCUUGCACAGCUGCCAUGGGCACCUCUAUGGUCCAUUUUGUUUUUCUUCAUGUUGCUCACCCUGGGACUCGACACUCAGUUUGCAGCUUUAGAAAUAAUUAUAACAACCCUAGUGGACCAGUUCCCUAAGCUUCUGCAAUCAAAGCAUCUUUAUCUGAUGAGUGGAGUUUCCUUCGUGUUUUACUUCCUUGGCCUUCUGUUUGUAACAGAGGCUGGAAUUUACUGGAUAAAUUUAAUUGAUUAUUUCUGUACUGGGUGGAUUCUCAUUACAGUUGCCCUGCUGGAGCUCAUCAGUCUAAGCUGGAUUUAUGGGGUAAACAGAUUCAUCAAGGACAUUGAGAUGAUGAUUGGGGAAAGGAAUUGGCUCUUCUGGCUGUGGUGGAGAGUGUGCUGGUGUUUAAUCUCGCCAUGCUUGCUGCUGGCAAUAUUAACCUGGUCUUUAGCAACAUUUUCCCCACCAACAUUCGGACCUGUUGAGUACCCUGUCUGGGCAACAGGACUCGGCUGGUGCAUGAUCAUCCUCUGCAUUAUGUGGAUCCCCAUCGUCGCUAUUGUGAGAGUUGUCCAAGCUGAGGGCUCCACAUUGUUUCAGAAAAUUUCUGCCGCUUGUUCCUCAGCUCCUGAUUGGGGUCCGUGCUUGGAACAGCACAGAGGGGAAAGAUACAGAAACAAGCCUGAUUCUACAGAAGUUCCUACUAUAGAAGUGUACCUUCUUCCAACUGAGACAGGAACAUAUAAGGACAUUUAAUCUCAUAAGCAAUAGCUUUGAAGAUUGAUAGGUCUCCUGUAACUUCAGUGGGAGAUUUGCGGAACAGCUAGCAACUUACUGGAACAUACAUGGGCAUGAGUCUGGGGUGGGCUGGGCUCAAGGGCAUUGAGCAUUAGAGUUCCUGUGCCAUGAACAUUUUUUAUACCACAUUUGAGAAUGGGGUUAAUAUGGGUUUCUGGCCACGGCAUAAUGUGAACACAAACACCUCAAUGAUUCCUAUCUAUAGUUCCCAGUGGCUGGGUUUCAUUACAUUAAACAUUCAAUUCCUUUUAUUAGGUACAGGAUGUAAGUGAAAUCUGAAGGACCUGAUCCACGCUGAUAUUUGUCUCCAGUUACUGACGCUUUCCCAGACCUCAGAACCAUGAGAUCAAUAAGCACAGAUUCUGAUCAAUGCUUUAAUCACCAUGUUCAGUAAAACUGAAUUAUAGAAAAGCACGGAAAUUCCAGCAACAUGCAGUAGAUCACAUAUACACUUUCCUCUGGUAGGAAUUGACCAGAACUACCUUAAAAUCACAGCCUCACACUGUUUCUGCUACAGCUCCUAUGGAAUUUCAUUGCAUCUGGUGUAUAUGACAUUAAACUCAUCUGAAUCCAGCUGAAA